CUCCUGCCUUUCCCCAUACACACUGACUGACAGAGUGACUGACUGGUCGGACUGUUAUUGUGUCUCCCCCCCCCCAAAGACAUCUGCUCUCACUAACACGGGAGAGUGUUACCAGCAGCAUCUGAGCAGCCUGGAGGAACUUCACUGAUCCUUUUAAACCAUCAUCCUUUACACCUCACAGACUUAUCAAGUAGGAGGUGAGACUCAGAGUCACACAACCGAGCGGCCUUAUCAUGAUCGAGAGUGACCGAGAGCUGUCGGCCAUGGUGAAGGAGCUGUGGGACAGCGACGUCAACAGACUCCAGCCUGGAAGAGACUACAGGAUCUCUCUGCAGGGCAAAGCUGGAGACAGCAUGGCCAGUAACGACGACAGUGAACGCGCAGGUUCUCCUCUGUUUACAUUUGUUGAUGAGAACAUUUUCAAAAAGGAGACCUUUUUAGCCUUUAUAUCCCUGUUGGAUAACUACGUGAGUGACACCGGUGAGCCAGAAAUUGUAACCCCCGAGGAGGUGGCAGAGAAUCACAAGUUCCUGGACGCCAUCAUUCAGACUCCCACUAUGAAGAUAGCCCAUAAAUACCUGGCAGAGAAGAACCUCUCCCCUAAGGAUAAUAAAAAAUUCAAGGAGCAGCUGUACAGGAUCUGGUUUGAACUAUAUGCGAGGAGGGGAGCCAGCAAGCCGGACUCCUCAGGGUUUGAACAUGUAUUUGUGGGAGAGACGAGGGGAGGACGGACUGUGAUUGGCUUUCACAACUGGAUCCAGCUUUACCUGCAAGAGAAGCUAGGACACAUUGAUUACAAAGGCUACAGCGUCAGUGCAAAUUCACCCCAGCCCGAUGAGAACAAACACAUCCUGGCACUACAGUUCAGCUGGAAAGACGGCAUAAAGCCCAAGGGCAGCAUCUUUGUCGGCGUCAGCCCCGAGUUUGAGUUUGCCCUCUACACUCUCUGUUUCCUCACCUCGCCAAAUGAGCGCGUCAAAGUCCAGUUCAGCUACUACGAUGUGGAAAUUGUUUGCCAUCACUACAACCAAAAGCACAUAGGCACUACUUAUCCUGUGCUCAUCAAGUACCAGAACCACGAGUAACCCGACUGGAAGUAUGUAACUUAUCCAAGAUUCAAAAAUGUCAUAGGCAUUGUUGUUGCCUUUUUAUUUCUAGAUAAAGAUACAAUAAAACCUUACAAGACCUUC